AUGAACAAUACUGAAAAAAUACUAAACGAAUUAGUUCGAUGCCCCAUAUGUCAAAGACGAAUGCGUCAAGAAGUGUUUCUUAAACAUCCAAAUGUUUGUCGUAAAAAUCCUUCAAAUAAACGAAAUGUAUUUGAUAUGACAAACUAUCGGUCGGUAAAAACGGGCGACCAAAUUAUACCAGUACAAAAGAUGUCAACAAUUUUUGUCGAUAAACCUGAAAAUAUCAACGCACGAUCGUCUCAAACACGUAGUGUAAAACGUGAUCGUCAUGCAGAUACUCUUGUACCACCUAUUAUCGAUAAUUUCUGCUGUCCAAUAUGUAAACGUAAAUUUUGUGAAAAAGCUUAUGAUCGUCAUGCAGCAUUCUGUGCCAGUAAAACAAAGCAAAUUCAGCAAUCGCCAACCGAAGAUGUACUUCUUGCUCGACUGCGACUCGGCCGACGAAUUAGAUUUGGUUCAAAUCGAGUUUCUUCAACAUCUUCUCCAGCCAUUGAAAAGCCUCUUUCAACAUCUACAGGCAGCAAACAAUCCAUAAGGAAUAACUCAUCAUUUUCUUUACUAUCACUAAGCAAAAAAAAUUCCAUUUCUUGA